CGAUCCUCAAUAAUCCAUCCAUCCUGGGCCCGAGGGGCCCUGGCGGCCUCGCCCAACUGCGGCCACUUAAUCCCCGAAUCCUCCAGAUCCCAAUUCGAUCACCCAGAUGCGCUUCCAGCCAACACAAUUCAGUCUACCAAGAUUCCACAGAUUCCACAGAUUCCACAAAUUCCAACCACGGCCUUGGUUGUCGCCAGUUCUUAAUCCACCGACCGGUCCUCCUUCAGUCGCCUUUUGUUGGCCCAUGACAUCCAUUUCAACUUUUCUGGCCCGGCUUACCAUGAACAGCUGGAGACUAAACAGUGACAACAUCCGAUAGCUGAUCAGCGGUUGUCACCAGCUUCCACCAUAUCCGAUUCUGAUCCAUUGUCGCAAGUUCGCAGACAAGCUAUCACGGGAUCUUCCUCCGCCCAUGGUUCCUUUGUCCUUGAGUUCAAAGCCCCAGAUUCAGCUGUCCAUGACUUAUCUGCCUCGAUAUGUAUGGAUCUGAUCCCAACUGCGCAGGCUGGCUCACACCCAAGAUCCCCCGGCUCAUCUCCCUUUCUCAAUGUUCGCGCCAGAUGACAUGACCUCGAUAACAUCUACAAACCUCAAGAGCAUUCAGGCCAUCUGCUCGAUCUCUUCCUAGCUCCACGAUGCCUUUGGUCAACCCAACCUCCGUCGCUGCGUCCAUCCUCAUCCUCUACUUAUCCACAUUCGUUCUUCUUGCCGUCUUGCGCAUUAUUACCGGUGUCUCUAUUCAGCGGAUCGGCUAUCUCAGCUUCAGACACAUUUCGUAUACUCCAAGAGAAGGCCUAAGGGUGGACUUGCGUGGUAUUGGUCUCAGAUUGCACCGCCCAACCUUUGCGCAGCCGACAUGGGUCAGUCUGGUCUUCGAGGAAUUAAAAAUCACCAUCGACCCACCAGCCUUUGAGAGCAACCCAAACUCUCAGGCCGCUUCACAACCUCCUCCUUCGACUCGGACUGAGGACAAAUCCUCCGCCGACUCGUCCAAUGGCAAAACGAGUUCGCCUAGAAAGAGCCUGGUGUGGAAAAAGCUGACCGAUGUCAAGGAACGUAUCAAACGACUCCAUCGCAACAUCCAUCUACUACGGGCUUUCGAUAUUAGUGCUUACAACACCAGCCUCGAGGUCGUCGGCGUCGGCUAUGUUCAAGUCUCUUCUUUCACCGCCGCCGUCUAUACCCGGCGCAAACUUCUCGACCGCGGCCGCCUCUUCCGUCACAAAAAGGAUCCCCUUGGCGGCCAAAAGCCUGCCGAAUGGGUCUUCACUGUCAGAAGUAUCGUCAUGGGAGUCGGUGGCCGUGAGCCUAUUGAAGUCCUCGAUGCCAUGACCAUCAAUGUGCACGGUCUGCUCUACAAGGAUCGCGAAGGACUCCGUGACACCUCCAUCGCCAUCAAGGCCGGCCGCCUGUACGUGCCUGUCGACGAGGUCGUUCGCUUUUCCAACCGAGGCAAGAGAGAAAUGAAAUCCAAGCCAAAGACCCAGGUCCUGAGCCCCAUUGAUGAAAUGUCUUUCGAGGAUGUUGUCGGAGAACUUGAUGAUCCAGGCAGCCGGGAAGCUUCUAUUGUCCAGACUGUCGCUGACUCCAAAGAGUUCUUCAGCUCUAUUCUUCAGAGUGUCCAGGAAAUCCAACUGGGCAUGAGUUUCGUCCGCAUUUCGAAAGAGAUUGACUCAUUGCGACAAGCCAAUCUCCCCUUGACCGCCAACGUUGUCAUCCAUGAAAUUGGCAUUGACCUGCAUCGCCUGGACCAGAAUUCUCCCUCUCAUCGCACUUAUUUUGCAAGAGAUGAUGUCGCCCAUCAAGCUCUCGUUGCUGCACUCUCCAUCUCCGUUAGUCUGGACGAGGAUGACAGCCGCACGAACAGGAUCAUGUACAUCCCCAUGGCCACCACAACCAUUAGGACUACCCUGCCGUCUAAGACUAUGAGUUUUACUCUUGAACGUGAUGUUGCUGAAAGAAACACCAACAUUCUUUACGCAAAUCUCGUUGUAACAUCGCCUUCAGUCGAUUUGGUCCCUCAACACCUCAUUAGGCUCCUCGCCAUCGCACAGCCUAACGAGCCCCAACACUCCCGACCUCAGAACCGCCAUCGUCUUAUCUCGAGACUGCUUCCAAAAGCGAGUAUAAAAUUCUCCAUCCAUGAACCCGUAGUCAGAUUUAUCCUCCCUCCCGCAGAUUCCUCACAUGCAGACCCUGGGGAUUACGACAUGAUUAUCUCCUCCAUAUCUUCAAUCUCUCUAGAUGUCGAAUCUUCACAUUCCACCGGAGGGGAGCUCUUGUACUCCUUGUCUUCCAACUUCAGGGUUAUGUCACACCAACUAUACUAUCAAACAACCACAGGGACCAGGCAUGAUCUGGUUCUUACCGAGUCCUUGGAGCUCAAGAUCCAAGUGUCGGCUUCCAAGACAGUUUCGGUGGUCAUUUCUGGCAAUUUGCGCACAUUUUCAAUCCUGAUGGUUCGCAAAGAAGUCUGUCAAGGUAUCUACAACAUUGUCAAGCAUUUUAAGCGUCAUGGCUCGACCGACAAGGUGCAUGGACCUGCAAAGCCGUCGCCUACAGCCUUCCUCAGAAGACUUCCCGCAUGGCUGAUCGACGUGACCUUUGAGGGGUCAGGAUGCAGUGUCGAAACUGCCGGUGUAGAUGAGAACAUCUCUAGCCAGACCCGCGGUGUUGCGUUGGAACUGGAGACUUGGACUGCGCAUUAUCAGUCGUCGCGAACGGAGAGUCCUCGCAAACCUGGUCUGACACGACGAAAGACCAGUACUUCCGCUCGCUUCGAUGAGGCUUUAUCAACUGGGAAGCAGAAUUCGCAACCCAUAUCUCCUCCACGACGUCAUCAUCAUGACCCUACGGACGGACGGCGUCUUGCUGUGCACAUAAAAGGUUUCGAGGGCUACAUCAUCGAAUCCGUAGACACUUGGGAAUCUCGCCCAUUUUUGUCUGUUCCCCGUUGCGAAGUUGCGCUGAGCACGUCUCGAGAUCAACAAGGGCCUUUAUUCCACGUCCACUCGAUAGUACGGUCGAUCUAUCUGGAGUUCUCCCUGUACAGGUUUUAUUCCUUUGGCGUUGGAGCGUCCUUCCUCAAAGAUGCCUUCCUUGGUCCAGCUUCUCACACCCCAGACUCACAUCGACCUUCUCCGUCUCAAGUCCAUGAAGCUGAGCGACUAGCUCACCCUGCUCCUCUCGGCUCCGAGGUGAUUACAAUUGACGUCAAAGCAGAUUAUGUUCAGAUCAAAGGCCAAAUGCCUGCUGAUCCUCCAAUGCUCCUGCAGAUAUAUGGCGUUUCUGCAGGCCGACACAGGUGGUCCGCACCAUUUCUCCGGUCUGACCUCAUCAGAUUGCACGCAGAAGCACCCCAUCUCAAGUGUAGUUGGGCUCGGAUUUUGAGCGCGAGCAACAUUCGACUCGAUCUUCGCCAUAACAAGAAAAAGAUGGCUCAUGGGACCACCGAAGAACGAUCGAUUGACCUGUCACUGGAUUUCAUCCGCUUGGCUGUCCCACACGGCCUUCAGAUGUACAAGGUGUUUGACAAUUUCAUCAAUACUGGGAAAGCCAUGGCGCAACUGAGUCAUCGUUUUAGGACCCGGACAAAUGACUAUAUUCUUCGAAAGGAUCCUGUUGCGCCCAAAAAGAUCCCUCGCGUGUCUCUGCGGUGCAAAGCUCUUUGUUUCGAAUUCGAAGACGACCCAUUCGAAUGGAAGCUUGGUAUAAUAUACCAUAUUGGACGCAUCGAACAAAAGCAACGGCUGGCACGGGAAGAUGCUUUUCGGUUAAAGGUCAAGAAGCUGAACGAAGAGCGCCAUCCUCGGUCGUCGUCAAGAUAUCGGGCGCAGUCCAGUCGUCCGACGUCUCCGAGCCAUGCAACUGGCCGAAAUCAUCGUCGAUCCAGAAGUGCAGAUCCCAGCCCUACUCCUCGAAAGAGAUCCACUUCAAGGGGCCGACGUGGACGGACCUCUGCGCGAAUCCGCUACGACCGAGACGGCGUGUGUUCCUUGACAAACAGCUCCAAGAUUCAAGCGAGUGAAGCGUGGGACAAACUACAACACCACAAUGCUCGGAGCUGGAAGCGAAGAAUCGACUGGAUGACCCAACUUCAGAACAAGACGAUCAAAAACAUCCGACAAAUGUUCAGUGGAGCUGAUAUGGCGCCGUCCGACCAUGAUGGCGACGAAACCAUUCUUGGGAUCCCCAAUCGACCCGGUCUAAUGACCAUGAUAAUCAGUGACCUCCACCUUGUUGUCGACAAGCCGUCUUUUCCACUGAAUGAGCUGCCAAAAUUCUUGCACGAAAUCGGCAAGGGUAUGCCAUAUGACACCGAAUAUGCCCUAUUGAUACCUGUGAGCUUAUCGCUUGACAUGGGUGAGGCAAGGGUGCUGCUUCGGGACUAUCCCUUGAACUUGCUUCAUAUCCCAGCCAUACGUCCAGGUCAACCGCCUCGGCUGCCCAGCUGGUCCUUCCGCUCCGAUUUUGUAAUCGCCGAAGAGUUUCGUGACGAUGAAUCGACGAGACACAUCAAGGUUGACAUAGUUCCCAAAGGCCAGCACGGUGUAGAUGGCGAGGUUAUACCUGGCUUUGCUGUGGACGUUAGGAGAACAGUAUCUCCCGUCAAGACGAUUUCAAAAGCCGUCGUUGACAUCAAUACCAGUCUGCCAACGACAAUUUCAUGGGGAACCUCGUAUCAACCGGUGAUCCAGGAUAUGAUGAUGAUCAUUGAAGGUUUCACCAAACCUGAGAUCGACCCGUCAGAAAGGGUUGGGUUUUGGGACAAGAUACGGCUAAGCUUUCAUUCCCGCCUGACGGUGAACUGGAAAGGAGAUGGAGACCUCCAGUUGAGACUUAAAGGUUCUCGAGACCCUUACGUUGUGACUGGCUAUGGUGCUGGCUUUGUGAUGUGCUGGCGCAGCGACGUUCAAUGGUCAAUACAUUCGAGCGACGAUCCCCGCCAAUUCAUGACUGUAAGAAGUGGUGAAUAUGUGCUUGCCAUACCAGAUUACAGCCAUGAGGCUCGAAACUUACCGGAGCAGAAGGCUGGCCAGGACGCUGACAGCAUCUCAACCAGCAGUUCUCGAAAGAAUGCAGCCAUCUUUAAAAAGGUCAUCAUGAAAGUCUCUGGCAAUGUCCAAUGGACUGCGGGUUUGGUGUUUGAGAGAGAUUUGGACAAUGGAGGCCGAACAUCUCUAUUUGAACCUCACUACAAUGUCAUUCUAAAGAACCCGACGCAGAUGCACAACGUUGACCUCAGCACUUACGACGCAUUCCGCGGCUUCCGAAGCCACCACAUACAUCUCUCAAUUGGACUGGCAGCGCCGUCCGACCGCGACUGGCUCAGCAACAACCUCUCGCCAUCCGAAAGCUAUAAUAGUGUUCACCUAAGUCCGAGAUUCUUCACCCAUUUCUUCAACUGGUGGUCUCUCUUUUCUGGGAUAAUGUCUCUUCCUGUACGACAAGGACCUCUGUGGCGGGGCCCGGAAAAGUCAAGCAAGAAAUUUGGCAGACAUUUAGCAACCAUCAAGUAUGGGCUUCUUCUGUCACCGUUGUUCAUAGCACAUGUGUACAAGCACAAGGAUGCUGAAGAUUACCAAGAAGACAUCGUGUCUGCAACAGGACUGAAGAUUAAGAUUGACAGUUUCAUGCUUGACCUCCAUCAACGGCGAGAGUAUUUCGACACGUUGUCCAAAGGCAAAUCCGAGCAAAUGCGGACCAGUGCCAUGAAGAUCAACAAAGCCGAAGUUGAUUUUGUUCGAGCUGACUUGAGAGCUGUUGCUGCCAGCAUCGCAGGUACCUCCGCAGCAGACCUCCAGAAAGCGACCGACGAAAUGCUUUCCUCUUUCCAGGAGACACCAGCAAACGUUGAUAUGUCCCAGUUUACCAUUCCCGAUCAUGACUUUACCUGGAUUGACAUGGAUGAUUUUGUGGAGCUGGAUUGGGUGCUUCCGGCUGAAUCAAAUCCCGAGACAAAGAUACUACCGCUCGCUUUCACACCUCGCUUCACCUACUUCCGCCAGACCGACCACGGAGACGCCAUCCAAGGAGAUGAGUCGCGGACCAGUCCUUUUGGAGAGGAAAAUACGCAUAUUUGCGUCAUGUCUCGAAAUAACGAUCCUCGGACUGUGCAAAUGAACCUGAUUAAGGAACGCCUUCAUGACCUCGAAGAGAAGCUACAAGCUCAUACACGCAUCACGGCUGACCAUGAGCUACGCUUGGUGCGUGAUGGUGACCACGACAAAUCCAUCCGAGAGAAGCAUGAUAAUCUAAUUGCUCAGCAUAAAGAGCUGGAAAACAAGCGAAAAUUCCUGGAGCAUGGACUUCGUCGACUUGCUGGACGUGCCAAUCCAGGCGAAGUCCCUGAACAUGAUGGCAAUUCUCGGCAUGGCAGCAAUGCAACCUCAACAACACAACUUGACGGAUCGUCGCAGCCGACAUCUCAUGUUGACAUCGAUGGUCUGUAUUCUUCUACUCAUGACGAAUUUGCGAGUGACUUCAAUAAUCGAUUCAUCAUACACAAUGUCCAACUGAAGUGGAACAAUUCAUUGAGAAACAUCAUUCUUCGCUACAGCCACCAAGUCAGUCAGCGCCGAGGCUUCAUCUACUAUAUGUCUCGACGUGCCGUUAAAUUCAUUCUCGACAUCGUGGACGAGCAAUCGAAAGCGAAGGAGCUUCGUCGAAAGAAGGAGAGGAAACAUAAUGACAUCCCAAUCCCCGCAACUCCGAGCGUCAUCUCCCCCUCCGAGGAAAAGGACGAAGAUGCAGUUAUUGAAGAUAGAAUCAAUCAGCUCUUGAACGAUGCCAAACGAUUUGUUCAUGUUGGUGACGCCGAAAGUGAUGAUCAGGAAUCUAAACCAGAGAGCGAGGAGGGACGACGAGCUUCUAUUACCAGUGAAGCCAGUGACAAUAUUGCGGAAAACUUCCAGGCCAUGAAUGCGUACCACAUACGACUAGUUGCACCACAAAUCCAGCUUCAAAGUGAAAAGAAUAAGAAGUCAGUGGUCUUGGUAUCAGCUAAAGGAAUGCAGUUCAAGGUGGUUUCGAUAAUGGACAAAGAACGAAUGUCUGACGACGUGAGUGGCUUAGUUCAACGACGCUUUGCCUUGGACAUGGACGGCGCCCAAUUCUUUGUCGCAUCGCAAAAAACUCUGGCAAAAUAUCAUCAUCUGUACUCAGGUAACCGAUAUGGCAAUCCUCCUGGAUCCUCCUGGCCGCCAUGGGUGGCUCUUGAGGCCAUGUUUGACUUCCACCUUGAUCCCUUCGGCUUUCAAAGGGUCAUACAAAAAACUUCUGCAAGCCUCCGAUACGAAAAGUACAACCAACUCCGGCUCAAAUACAAUGAAGAGGUCGAAAAUCUCCAGUCCGGAGGAUCUAGACGUUCCUCGCGAAAAGAGAAUCGCAUCGAUCACUUAUGGGUCGAUUUCCCACGCAUCCGCGCUCGAUGCGACUCUGCUCAAUACUAUACAAUGUACAUCAUCGUCUUGGAUUUGCUUUUGUACAGUGAGCCUCUUGAAAAGACUAGAAGCGAACGACUGGAGAAGAUCAUGCUCGCGUCUGAUUUCAGCGACCUGAGAGGCGCACCUGAAAUGGCUGAAAGUCUUCAAGAACGCAUCCGUCAACUUGAAGACAUCAAGUUGCACUUCCAGAUCAAUGCUAAGUAUUUGGAUAAACAAGGUUGGCAAGAUCGAAUCAGUCUGGAGAAGGAUUUAGCCAACUGUGAGGAUGAAUUGUUCUUCAUUAUGAAAGCCAUCAACACGUCACAACAGAAGAAUGAUGACCGCAAGUCCAACGAAUCAAGCGGCCUCUUACGCUGGUAUCUCAGCGCAUCUGAGGUCGUCUGGCAUCUCAUGCGAGACAAGGAUGACCCAUUACUUGAAUUUCAGCUUGGACACGCUGCAUAUGAACGUAUCGACAACAGUGACGGAUCCAACCACAAUGCAGUAGAAAUCGAGCAUAUUCGAGGUUGGAAUCUGCUUCCCAACGCAAUUUACCCGGAGAUCAUUGGUCCCUACUUCGAUCCCGAAAAGCGAGCCAGCACUGCCGAUGUCCGGAAAAUGGUUCAUGUGAAUUGGUAUAUGCUCGAGGCAAUUGCAGGAAUUCCGGUCCUGGAACAAUUCGAGGUCAACGUUUUCCCCAUUAAAGUUCAACUCGAGCGUGACCUCAGCAAGAAGCUAUUCGAGUAUAUUUUCCCUGGCGUUGGGUCCAACGCAUUUGACAAUGGUAAUUUCUCGCCGCUCAUGGUCAAACAUAUGCAGCCUCUGGACGAUGCUGAGGACGAUGAUGAAUUGAAAGAGGCACGUUCUUCUUUAUUGCCAGAGGAAGGUCCCCGUCAAUCGAGCAGCAUUGAAGUCAAGCGUGAGACAUCACCAGGAGCAAUGGCCAGGAGAUUGAAGCCGACUUAUCACCUUGAUUACGCUCGCAAUACCCCACCGCCUUCGCACGGCAAGAAGGGUCUGGGAAUCUCUGGUGACCACCAUAAAUUUUUCAAGCACUUCAACAAUUCUGGUGCCAUCUCUUCGAAUCCACGUGCUGCACUAGGUGCUCUCAAUCAUGGCCCAGUGCGCAAAUCCUCGGCGAGCAGUCUCCGUUCCAGCAAAAAGAACGAUACAUCGACGUCUAGCCUAAUAGGAUUGGGCCAUAGCGAAGAAAAGAAGAAGAACGGGUUGCAACGUGUCUCUAGCAAAGAACACGGGGGCAAACACAAGAAGGAGAAAGUUCCUGACGAUCUGACUCAAAUGAUGUCUCGUGCAUCCAACUACAUGACACUAGCUCACGUGAAGCUCAACAGUUUUGUCGUGUGUCUGAGCUACAAGGGCAAAAGCGAUCGAAAUUUUGAGGAUCUGCAUGAUUUCGUUUUCCGCAUGCCGACCUUGGAGUAUCGGAACAAAACAUGGUCGAAUUUGGACUUGGCUCUUCGAUUGAAGAAGGAUGUUAUCCGAGCACUGAUUUCGCAUACUGGUGCUAUCAUCGGCAACAAGUUCUCCCACCAUCGGCCCUCAAAGAAGCAGGUUGAGAGACUCAAGGAAAUUGCGCACGAUUCGACUUUGACCACUUCGGAUACAACUUGGGUUCCAGAUACAAGCGAGAGCAACUCAUUGUAUUCAUUCUCACAGGAUGGCAGGGACGAUGAUAUUGAAUCCAGUGGGAUCUCAUUCCAGUCACCGGUAACCAGUAAAGGACCGCAGAAUGGUGGCUUCGGCGGACUCUUGCUGCGUAGUGGCAGCAUCGGCAAUCUCCCGUCGUCCAUAUCAGCAAAUCCACCCAGAAGUAUGACGAGUGCGAGUAUGGCGGCACCGACAUCUCAUUCAUCUGGUUUAAUGGGGACAAGAGCAGAGCGAUCAUCGAGCCUAGAUCCGACCAAACGGCCUAGCACGGCUAGUGGGCACCGGAGUCUACUCAAAGACACCUUUGGACGGCACUUUUCGGGUGACACAAGCAAGCGAGGGGUUCAUUUUGGACCGUUGAGCUUGGGACGGAGUGAUACGCACGUCAGCAGCGGGGGAGAGCGGGAUCGAGAAAAGGACAAGGAGAAAGACAAAGACAAGGAGAGGGAGAAGGGCAAUGGCUUCCCUGGCCAUCAUCGUAUGCCAUCGAGUCAAAGCCAGCAGGAGGAUGCCGGCGGCGUAGAAAGUGACCCCGAAGGAUCCAAGAAGAAAAGUGUCCUCUUGUUGGGCAAAAAGGUUUUGAACCGGUUGGGUUGAGUUGAGAUGGUACAGGACUGACGGGGCUUGUUGGUCUGUUGGUACAGUACCAUACUUUUUGACAGACAGAUGAGGACUGCAAAGCGAUGAUGUUUGUUCACGAGAUUCUUUGGCCAGGUUUAUGAAUAGAUAAUCAAACUACCUAGUACUUAGUGGCACGGGGUGGUAGAGUGGGAUUGAGUCAAAAGUAAACAGGCGAUGAUCAUCGAUCAUUGAAUAUUAUUAUUGCAACGCAUGGGCCCAGGGACUAGGAUGUGCAAUGCAAAGCAAAUCAGAGGAGUGAAGAAUGGUAUUAAUAUGAUACAUACAUGCCUUCUUCAAUAAUCAAUAUUCAUACCCA